CACCCGAUGAGACCACUGCCUUUGCAAAGCAAGCAAGCAAGCAUUCAUUUCAUACAAGGGAGUGACUGUUUGCAGUUCUCCGUGGCAAAUGGGCGGCGCCUGUGAAAGGAGAGGUAACUGGAGGUGUGUUUAAUAGGUGAGUGUGUGUCAACGGAGACUGCCUCAUGUGUGAGUGUCAGAGAGCGAGCACUGCGGCUGCGGGACGGGUAGAGGACCAGCUAGUUCGCAGUGAUCGACCGGUUAAGGAAACAUGGCGGGCGGUAUCGUGUGGAGUUAAAGGAGAGCAAGAGAGAUAAGUCCCAGCAUGCCGAGCAGCAGCCCCAUCUGGGUGGAGGCUAAGGCCCCAGAGCCACCGAUCUUCUGCAAGUUGUGCCUUAGCGAGUGCCCCCUGGCUGCGACUAGCAGGCUUCUCGCCUGCAACUGCGUCUUCUGCACCUCGUGUCUACAGCAAUAUGUGCAGCUGGCAAUUCGGGAGGGUGGGGGUGCCCCAAUCACCUGUCCUGACAUGACCUGCUUGAAGACGGGGGCCCUGCUGGACUCUGAGAUCGGCAGUUUUGCCCCGGUGGAUCAGGCACAGCUCUACCAGCGGCUGAAGUUUGAAAGAGGCGUGCAGUUGGACCCCAAUAAGACCUGGUGUCCGGUGGUGGAGUGCCAGGCAGUGUGCAGCCUAGCUCCCAGUGCGGAGAGCCAGCCCGUGUCUGUGGCCUGCCCCACCUGCGGUGCUGUCUUCUGCUCGCUGUGCCGCGGAGACUGGCAUGACCAGCACUCCUGCUCCGAGCUCCAGCCGCUGACGGUGGCAUCUUCCCAGGCCAGGUCAGUGAGGAACAAUGUGAAAGUGGGCUGUGACACGGAUGCCAUGGUGAAGCAGUGCCCGAUGUGCGCCGUCUUCAUCGAGCGGGACCAGGGCUGCGCCCAAAUGCUCUGCAAGAGCUGCAAGCACACCUUCUGCUGGUACUGCCUCCAGAACCUGGAUGGAGAUAUAUUUCUGAGACAUUACGACAGAGGGCCGUGCAGAAACAAGCUGGGCCACUCCCGCGCCUCCGUCAUGUGGAACCGAACGCAGGUAGUUGGCAUCCUGGUUGGCGUCAGCAUCAUCGUGCUGGUGUCGUCCCCUCUCUUGCUGCUGGCGUCCCCCUGCAUCCUGUGUGUCGUCUGCAAGCCCUGCAAAGGCAAGAAGAAGACAAAGAAGAGGGAGAUCAACCAACCGGAUUCCACCGUGUAAGCCGAGUAUUAUGUGCCAUCAGCCACCCUCUACCUGUGUGCCGAGGGACCCCAUCGACCUGAACCUGACCAGCCUCGUCGGGUUCAAACUCACCUGUUCUGACCGCGCCUUGGUGUUCUAUGGAGUCUUUCGCCUAUCAUGUUAUUAUGCAAGAAUGACGGCAGCCGUUGACCGUGAACUAUGUUCCCAAUGAAUGCAACACGUGAGGUGACUGCAAAGAAAAAAAGAAAAAAAAAAACCUUAGGUAAUGAUUGAGAUUAAAGGGCUUUAACCAUUGUGCGCAAAAGAAUCAUUCCUGCCAAGACUUCUUGUUUUCCAUUGUUUUCUGUGUAUACCAAAGGAUGUGAUGGACUUUGAGGGCUGUAAGAUGUAAAUAUGUAUUUAUGAACAUGUAUGCUGUCUUAUGCUGUUUAUACUUUUCUGUUGAACAGUUUUUGAUUUAUGCAUCAGAUAUUUUCUAACAGUAAAUGAUGUCUGAAAUAAAUAUCAGAUGCAGAA